AUGAACUUGGAAGUGACUGACCUGCGAAACACUAUGCGCAAUAUACCAAUAAAAGUAUUUUACAAGAACUUUUUGUCGUCACCAUCGUCAUCAGACAGUCAGUUGGAAAACUGGGCGUUAAUGUCUAUGCCUUCAAGUGGUAACACUAAAAUGGCAGCGUACAAAGAAGGUCUAUACGACCCGGGCAGUGGAGAAAUUUGUACCAAGUACAUAGCUAUGUCUGAUAGUACGGUACAGAGGCAUCUCUAUUACGCAUACCCAUGUAUUAAAGAUCCCGGUAUAAAAGCAGCAUUAUUGGAACCAGAACAUAUAAAGCAUUUUCCACUUGAUGGUCAAGAAUUGUAUUUGGAUUUGUGUGAAGAAAUGAAAGUGAUUCCAGUGAGGAGUUUUCUCCGAGGGCUGCUUGGGGAAGUCAUUGAUUUGAAAUAUUAUGGCGUUAAUCCUAUUGGUGUAAGGGCUAUGUCCAUUGCUCUCACAUAUAACCGCUACGUUAAACGUUUAGAUCUAACAUCUAAUUUUCUAACCGAAGACGCUUGCUACCAUCUCGGUCAAAUGCUGGGGGAUAAUGUUUCUGUACAAGAAUUAAUUUUAUCAAGAUGCAGGAUUCAAGCUGGUGGUAUCAAAAGACUAGUGGUGUUUUUAGCAUCUCGACCUUUAGAAGAACUGGAUUUAUCUUACAAUGGAUUUGGAGACAUUGGGUUCGAAUACCUUGCGCAACAGAUCUACAAAGGAGCCGUCAUUAAACGGUUGAAUCUGAGCUACAAUGAUUUAAGUUCCGAAGCGGCUUAUUCGUUCGCGGCUGCUAUUGAAGUCAACAACAAGACAACUCAUCUGGACCUCUCAUGGAACAAAAUGUCCUCGCUCAAAGGUGUGAAUGAAUUACUCAGCUUUCUCAGUGAAAGUGAUGUCUUGGUUAACCUCAAUAUGUCCUGGAAUAACCUGACAAUAAGCAAGAUUCUCAAGAAGCUGUUAUCCGUUAAAACGCUUCGUGUAUUGGAUCUAAGCAAUAAUAGUUACAGAUUAGAUAAAGCAGCUGCAAGAACUAUAGCUAAUAGCCUUAAAACGGCGAAGAGUCUUCAUACUCUGGACUUGUCUUUUAAUCCUCUGUAUGGAGAUGACGCUUAUUUAUUAGUAUGUAAGCUGAGAAAUAAGGAGAUAAAGCUCGUUAAUCUAUUUAUGGAUAAUAUCGAAGUUAAUAAGAAAUUUGUUAAGGAACGUCAAGAGGUAUUAAAAUUAAGUUUUCGUAAGAAAUGCAAGAUAACGCAUGGCGAAGUUAAGCACGACUACACCCUCUCCCAGCCGGAUAUCAGAGAAAUAAUAUUAAAGAGGAUUGAUUAUGUCACAUCUCGCGGUCAUAAGAAGAACAAGUUUGAUAUAGCGUUAUAUUUUCUUCAGAAGAUAAAGACAUGCGAUUAUGUUCAGCCGAGAGAAUUUUUGCAAGAUAUGAGAUUAGCAGGCACGCCGUUGGAUGAGGACUUAGUUUUAGCGCUCACGGACACUUUUCCUGGACCUAAAUUGGAAAAGGGAGAUAAAACUUUAGAUUUAGCCGGUGUAGUUGAAAUGAUCAAACGAUUUUGGCCAGACAGGAAACUACCGCCAACUCCAGAACCAGAAGUGGAAGAGCCUAAACCAAAAAAAAAGCAAAAAUAG